UGCUAAUGCUUGAGCGAUGGCUGGUCUAAUCAAGCACAACUUCUAGAAUGUCAACAGCCUUCACCUUCUGGAAAAAAAUGGUCUUCGUCAAUGGCGUACAAGCCAUAUUGCUCCGUUAUCUCUUCAUCCCUCCAACAACAAAUGCAUCUGACCCUCUUGUCAUCAAGAAUCAAUUAGUAAUUUGAAGAUUUUGCAUGUCAGUUUGUUGUGUCGGGUGUUUUGUAGGCUUAGGUUGCCUCCGGUGGGGUUGGAAGCGAUGCACACAUACAGGUGCCGACGACAGUGCUUCCUGGCCACCAGCCACCGCCGAUGAGUUCGAGCCUGUUCCCCAUCUCUGCCGCCUCACCCUCGCCGUCUACGAGGAAGACCUCCACAACCCUCAAUUCCCUCCCCUUGGCGGAUACCGAUUAAACCCAGAUUUCGUAGUGAAACGUGUUACCUACGAACAAACCCUCGGCCACGCGCCACCAUAUCUCAUCUACCUAGACCACAGCCGCCGGGAAAUCGUAAUGGCCAUCAGAGGGCUGAAUUUGAAAAAGGAAAGUGAUUACGAAAUGUUAUGGGACAAUCGAUUAGGGAAGCACAUGUUCGAUGGUGGGUAUGUACACCAUGGGUUGUUGAAAUCAGCCGUUUGGUUGCUGAAUCAAGAGUCGGAGGAGUUACAGCGGUUGUGGGUGGAGAAUGGGUCUUGUUACAAGAUGGUGUUCGUGGGUCACUCUUUGGGAGCUGGUGUAGCGACAUUGUUGACAGUGUUGGUGGUGAAUCAUAGGGAUAUGCUUGGUGGGAUACCUAGAGAAUUAGUAAAGUGUUACGCGAUUGCACCUACGAGGUGUUUAUCGCUUAAUCUUGCUCUUAAGUAUGCUGAUGUGAUUUACUCCAUCGUGUUGCAGGAUGAUUUCUUACCACGUACAUCCACCCCACUUGAAGAUAUAUUCGAAUCAAUUUUUUGGCCUUCAUGCUUUCGACAGUUUGCCUUGUUUGCUAUUGAUGGUUUGCAUGAAGGACACAUUUGUAAGCGAAGAAAAGAAGCUUUCUGAUCCUAGAAGACUGUAUGCACCAGGUAGAAUGUACCACAUUGUUGAGAGAAAGUUUUGCAGAUGCGGAAGAUACCCUCCUGAAGUCCGAACAGCAAUUCCUGUUGACGGUAGAUUCGAACAUAUUAUUCUUUCAUGCAAUGCUACAUCUGAUCAUGCAAUCAUCUGGAUUGAAAGAGAAGCACAAAAGGCUUUAGAGCUUGCAGCUAGCUUUUCAGCUUGUCUGCUAAACAUAACUUUAAAAAAGUGUUGGAUUAGUUACAUGUGACCCGAAUGUUGUUGGAUUGUUGUAGUUAUUAAAGGAAAAGAGUUGUGAAAAUGUUACAACACCACCAAAGGUGCAAAAAUUCGAUAGGUUACAAUCAAUUGAAAAAGAACACAAAGAUGCGUUACAAAGAGCAGUUAGCCUUAAAAUACCUCAUGCGGUUAUGAUCAUGACUACAGAUGAUGAGGAGAAAGAGCCCUUAACGAAAACAUCUCAAGAACUUCCUGAUGAUUUGUGUGAAGAGGACAUAAAAAAUAGAGUCAAUUGGAAUGAUUUAGUUGAAAAACUGUUGAGGCCACCGAUAAGUGGAAAGUAAAUUAUGUGUGUAAAAUAUAAGAUUCAUUUUGUAUAUUUUUGUUGGGUGAUUUUUGUACAAAUGUGUUAUUCUUUGAUUUAAAUACGCGUUAUUUAUUAUUUUUCAGAUUUUGGAAUAGGAUAAAUAAAAAUUGUAUAUAAUUAUAUUAGUUUUUUGUUUUGUUAUGGGGAAAUUCUUUUACUUUUAAUUGUAUGUGGUGAUUGGAUGACCAUAUAUCACUC